GAGCAUACAAGAGUCAAGACAAUAAUAAUCCAGUCAAUUUUGCGAGCCAUAAAAUAUGUCUGAAAACGGCGUCUUCUUUAUAUGAAAGCCCACGAGCACAAACUCCAUUGGAAAAGUCACCCCCUUCUCUACCAAGAUUAUUACAUCUUUCUCCAUCUAUUCUUCAUUUAUACAUCUCCUGCACCUAGAGAGAGAGAGGGAGAGAGAGACCUAUGAGCUACAAAUUUGAGGGAUUAUUGAUAUUAGAUCUGCUGCUGGUAAUGUGUGCUUUGCUUCAUCUGAGCUGAGCAAGCUUGUGGUUUUCUUCUUUUGUGCUUGUGAAUAGGAAAGUAAAUAAUCGAUUCUUCAAUCAGGUUUCGAGUUUGUGUUCUGUUUCAGCUAGCUGAGCUCGAUUUUUGGAGUUCCUUUUUUAGGGAUUUUGAUGGGGAUUUGCAUGAGCAGCCAGAUAAAGGCUGAAAGUUCAUUUCAGAUUGGUACAGAUGGAGGUCUCACUUCGUCUAAAAUGGUUAGUGGGGAUGGGACUGAGUUAAGUAAUUUAAGCACCAAAACUUCUUCGACAUCCGUGCCUCCAACUCCUCGAAGUGAGGAUGAAAUAUUGCAGUCCUCAAACAUGAAAAGCUUCACACUUAGUGACCUUAAGGCAGCCACAAGAAAUUUCCGUCCAGACAGUGUGAUAGGGGAAGGUGGCUUUGGUUCUGUUUUCAAGGGCUGGAUUGAUGAGCAUACGUUUGCAGCGGCUAGGGCUGGCUCUGGUAUAGUCAUAGCUGUUAAGCGACUAAACCAAGAGGGGUGGCAGGGACACACAGAAUGGUUGGCUGAGAUCAACUAUUUAGGACAGUUACGCCAUCCUAAUCUCGUGAAAUUGAUCGGUUACUGCUUAGAGGAUGACCACAGACUUUUGGUUUACGAGUUCAUGCCGAAGGGUAGUAUGGAGAAUCACCUAUUUAGGAGAGGUUCUUACUUCCAGCCACUAUCUUGGAGCCUGAGAAUGAAAAUUGCUCUAGAUGCUGCAAGGGGGCUUGCCUUUCUUCAUAGUGAUGAAGUGAAAGUGAUAUAUCGGGACUUCAAGACUUCGAAUAUCCUGCUUGAUUCAAACUACAAUGCAAAACUUUCUGAUUUUGGGUUGGCCCGGGACGGGCCAACUGAUGAUAAGAGUCAUGUCUCCACCCGAGUUAUGGGAACCUAUGGAUACGCUGCUCCAGAAUAUCUAUCGACAGGUCAUUUAACGGCCAAGAGCGACAUAUACAGCUUUGGAGUUGUUCUCCUAGAGAUUCUAUCGGGUAAAAAAGCAAUAGACAAGACUCGUCCAUCAGGGGAACACAAUCUGGUCGAGUGGGCAAAGCCUUACCUCACCAACAAGCGUAGAGUCCUUCAUGUUCUAGAUGCUCGUCUCGAAGGCCAGUAUUCAUUGGGCCAAGCUGCAAAGGCGGCUCAACUAGCUCUUCAAUGCCUAGCCAUGGAAGCCAGGUCGAGACCGAAUAUGGAUGAGGUCGUGACAGCUCUGGAGCAGCUCCAGGACUCGAAGGAUGCUUCAAAACAUGAUCAAAAACAUCAUCGGUUGAAGAUACGUGCUCAGACAAACAGUGAACCUAAGUCGUGUGCUCAGGAAACACGAAAGGCAACUGCUUAUCCGAGGCCUUCGGCCUAUGCAUGAGGCGUUAGUCUUUGCCAAAUUUGUUUAGACUGUACAGUGGUAUUAUAGAUUUUGUGAUGCUUGUGUUUGUGUUGUAUUUGAGUUUUAUGAGCCGUUUUCCAGUAGAUGGUUUCUUGAAAUCUGAAAAUUGUUGUAA